UGCUUGUGCGAGUGGUACACGUUUAGCACUUCGUCCAGACUCUCACAAGCUAUACGAAUACAGUGACGGUUGUGUGAGAUGUUUUCAAGUGGUACUGCACUUCUGUUAAAUCAGUGCUAUUUGCAGCAAGUUUUGCGGCUGCUGUGCGUCUCUGAGGAAUGAUAGUUGAUGCCAAAGUGGAGGAAAAAUGGUAGCAUAACCCUUGUCAGACUGCAUUACAAAAAUUAUUUCAGAAUAGAAUUUAGUGUAAUUCAAUGGGUAUAUGAACAAAACUUCUUAAUAGGCUCAAAAGAUCUGCAUUAAUGACUGGACGAAGCCAAAGGGAUCCUUAGCCUAAGCGUCAAGGAGACAACCACCAAAAUGGGGAACAAGUUCUUUAAGAAAAAUAAAUUGGCUAUCUUCGCCGAACCUGAUGGGAUACCGCAGGAAGAAGCUCCUCCCCCUGUGAGACCUGCCUACCACGACCCCAACGUGUGUUCGAUCGUUCUGGCGAUGCACACUUUCCACAGGCGAGAUGAAUCGGAACUCGCCUUCAAUAAGGGAGAUAGAAUGGAGAUAAUCGAUAACCAAGAUCGGGACUGGUGGCUCGGAACCAAUAUCAGGACGGGCGAGACAGGCUACAUCCCCGUUCCUUACGUAGCUCUCGCCUCUUCCCUCGAAAGUCAAGACUGGUACUUCGGGAAAAUCUCGCGGCUGGAGGCGGAGCAGCUGCUGCUCAGUAAAUACAACGACACCGGCGCCUACAUGAUAAGAGCCUCGGAAUCCGGCCACGGCCACUCCAUCAGCAUCAGGGCCUUCAACUGGACGCUGAACCGGCCGGAGGUGAAGCACUACCGCGUCUACGGCUCCGUCUCAGAAGGCUUCUACAUCUCCAAGACGAAGUCCUUCUCCACGCUCAACGACCUCAUCGAGGACUACAUGCACGACAACGGCACCGAGCUGUCCAUGCUCCUGAAGACGCCCUGUGUGAGGUUCGAGCCGGAGUUGUCGGACAUCUCCUGGGAAUGCGUGAACAACUGGGAGGUCCCGCGCGAAGUCCUGCAGUGGAAGCGGAAGAUCGGCCAGGGCUCCUACGGCGAAGUGUGGCUGUGCUCUUGGAACCAGACAGUGGACGUGGCUGUGAAGACCAUGAAGAAAGGCUCGAUGCUGGCCCAGGAGUUCCUCGAGGAAGCCAAGAUCAUGAAGGGCCUGCGACACAAAAACAUCCUGACCCUGUUCGCCGUGUGCACGCUCGAGGAGCCCAUCCUCAUCAUCACAGAAUACAUGACCCAGGGCUCCCUCCUCGACUUCCUCCGAGAUGAGAACAGCAGGUUGAGAGAGAUUAAUGAUCUCAUUUACAUCUCUUGUCAGGUCGCUGAUGCCAUGGCGUACCUAGAGUCGCUGCAGCUAAUCCAUCGUGAUCUGGCUGCGAGAAACGUCUUAGUGAAGGACGGACUCCACUGUAAAGUAUCGGAUUUCGGACUGGCGAGAAUCAUAGACGGGGAAUAUAACCCGACCAGCAAUUUGAAAUUUCCGGUGAAGUGGACAGCUCCCGAAGCCUUCCUGAAGGAUACUUUCACCAUCAAAUCCGACGUGUGGUCCUUCGGCAUUCUUUUGUCCGAAAUAUUUUCCUGGGGUGGCGUGCCUUAUCCUGGCUUAUCAAAACAUGAUGUAAUGACAAGCAUCCAGCAGGGAUAUCGAAUGAGCAAACCAGAAUUCUGUCCCGACGAAAUCUACGAACUUAUGUACAAGUGUUGGAAUAUCUCACCCAGCGGCAGGCCGACGUUUAGCUUCAUCUUUAACUUCCUCCAGAAUUUCGAUGUACAGAGAGUGCGUGGAUAUGCGGAGGCCCAUCAGCUGUACUGAAAAAAUGCAUCACCUUCCUCUCGAAUCCUCCAAGGAACACUAUUUUCAGAACGUAUCGUUCACGUGCCAUUUUGGAAGAAUGUUACGGGGUAAUCUCUUUGAGAUCUCUCCAUUUUCUAAUUCUUGGCGUUUAACAUAAUGUGCAAGUGAUGUUGGUGGAUGAAAUAAUAGCUUUACAUAUAAUGUACACGAUUUGUAAUGAUUAUUUUAUGUUCAUACCAAGAAUACCUUGAUAUCUGACUAAAUGACCCAUAAUUCUCAUUGCUUUAAUUGCCUGCAUAAUGUUUAGAUGAAUAAAACAACAGGAAGACGAUCUUCGAAAAGAGGUUAACUUGCGUUAGGCAUCUUCCCUGUGGCAUUCAAGCUUGUUGCAAUCACCAUCAUUAUCAAUAUGAAAUCAACGUAUUGACCCCUAAAAUUUUAUAGGAAGGCAUAAUAAUUCACAGUAGAAAGGUUGAUGACAAAUCGAUAAGAAAUACAAGUAAAUUAUAUGUAUAUUUGCUUGCUCUCAUUCUCUCAUUCCGCACGACUUGAAUGGAUUGGAGGUCAGAUACAAAUUCAGAUCAGAACAUCGAAACGUAACCCUGAAAAUACUUGUAUGGAAAAUGAUUUUUCACAUACGAAAUAUUUGGAUACUUUUUCCGCUUUUUUCUAGCUGAAUAUGUGGAUUUCCUUGUAAAAAAGGACUUGCUCGUAUGUAUUACUGUCCUCAGUUAUAAGAAAGGCUGUGUUUAGAGAGGAAAAGCUUUCUACCCAGUCUGAGGCGAGACUAAUAAAGUAAUUGAAGCAGGUAGGGGUAGCGCGGGCAAGGUGGUAAAUCACUAUUGUUCUUAUCGGCAUGUUAACAACAGAAUGAGAGUAUUUUGCAAGAAUUGUAAAAUUACCGCGAUGUGUUUCGUUUUCAUGUAAUUUUCAACAGAUAAUAUCGUUUUUGAAUUUCAUAAUCAACAUAAAUAUACGGGUGUAUUCACACGAAUGCAUGCGCAUUAGUAACCUACGAACCAACCGGGAAUUAUCACGAUCUUUAGCUACAAUUCUACAGGGAAGAUGCCUAUAAACCCAAACUCUGAAAGCAUUGAACUUGAUGUUUUUCUCGUCUACGUACGUAAAACAAAUUUAACUCUACAGUAAUAACUUUUUUUUUCUUUUUUUUUCUUUUUUAUAAUGGAGACGUUUCAACUUUCAUCAAGUUUUCUGUCAUUACCAGCUUUUUGUAAUAAGUCUGAUUUAAUUUCAUUAACCUCAAGUGCUAGAAAAGCAAAGUUACUGCGCAAUUUAUAGUCGUCAGUGGGCGUCAUUUCAGCUGCCUGGUUUGUAUUUUUAAAAAUCACUGGAAGGCAGAACUGCACUUAAUUUGUGUGACGAUGCCCUAUGUAAAUUGUACAUUUUGAAAUAAAGCAAUCAUCUUUUGUA